AUGUCUGCUUUAAUUGUUGUCGAUCUACAGGAGGAUUUCAUCAACGGCUCACUUGCUGUGAAAGAUGCCAAUUCCAUUAUCCAACCAAUCAUCAAACUCCUUGAUCUCAACUGGGACUGCGUCAUAGCAACGAAGGAUUGGCACCCACAAAAUCAUACUUCCUUUGCCUCAAACCACCAGGUGGCUCCAUUCACUGAGUUGGAGUUUGUAAACCCGGACAACGGUGCUGAAACUAAGUUGCAGACCGUAUGGCCGGACCACUGUGUACAAGGUACUGACGGUGCUAAAUUAGAUCCCGACCUUGAAGAAAAGUUGGAUAUCUUGUUGCCACCAACUACUGCUAAAAUUGUUACUAAGGGCUCGCUCAAGGAUAGAGAGUACUACUCUUGUUUCAGAGACUGCUGGAAACUAGACAAUACAGACUUGAAGGAUUACUUAAAGGGGAAGGGUGUCACAAGAGUGGUCCUCGUAGGAUUGGCUUAUGACUAUUGUGUACUUAAUUCUGCUGUAGAUGCGCUGGAAUUCGGAUUCUAUACUUACGUACUUAAAGACUAUACAAGGAGCGUAUAUCCUGAGAAAGACGGAGAGACUGACGCAAAGUACAAGUCAUCUGGAGUGAAAUUGAUAAGCUUUGAUGAGCUCCAUUCAAUGGGCCUUGAUGUCCCCAUCACUAAUUGUUGA